AUGCAACAGCAUAGAUUUGAGCCACCAGUCCAGUUUGACAUGACACCAAGAGUACCUGGGCAGAAUUCCAUGCAAACAGCAUUGGACUGCAUGGACUUAUUUUGCUUAUGUCCAUAUUUAAAUUGCGUGGAUUUUUUUAUCUGCAAACAUGUUUUGCAGGGGCGAAUUGGCAAUAAUGUGUGCAUACUACCGAAUGGAGCAAUAUUGCAAAAAUCUGUUCGUAAAGAAUAUCGAAUGCUAACAAAUGCUGAACGAAAUCGUUUUCAUGACGCUGUGCGAAGAUUGAAAAGAAGCGGGAAUUAUGAUGUCUUAUCAAGGAUACAUCAACAAAUGGCCAGUUCAAGUGGUGCUCACUCAGGUCCAGCUUUCUUACCAUGGCAUCGAGAAUAUGUGAAAAGGGUGGAAAUUGCACUUCGCUUAAUUGAUCCGUCACUAGCAAUUCCUUACUGGGAUUCUGUUAUGGAUAGCUACUUACCAAAUCCACGAGAUUCGAUAAUUUGGAGCACAUUGUUUGCUGGUGAAACAGAUAAUUCUGGAAAUGUGAUAAAUGGUCCUUAUAUUGGAUUUCGAACUUUAGAAGGUCGACCAAAUAUCAGAAGAUCAUUAGGUUCUGAAGGACGUCUAUUUGCCGAAAAUGACAUCUGGAACGUUGUGAAUCAUAGAAGCAUUUCAAAUGUUUUGGCAUUUACUGCUCCAGAAGCUGGAUGUCCUUUUUCUCCAAACUUCGAAGCGUUGGAAUAUAAACAUGGAAGCGUGCAUCUAUGGGUUGGAGGGGAUAUGAAACCCGCAUAUCCACCGGAACUACCACAAUGUGCUAAUGCAUUACAUCUCAAACACUCUCCAAUGUUGCCAUUCAAUAAACAAAAUGCAGAUGGAUUAUCAAAUGAUUACACAAACAACUUAUACGAAUACGCACCUCGGCCUAGUUGUAGUUGGCAAGUGCGUUCCUGUGGAUCACCGUAUCUGUUUUGUGAUGUAAACCAUGGUCAGCCUCACUGCGUUUCCAAAAUUAAAGUCAAUGGUUUAUGUCGCGGUUUUGAAGGAGAAGAUGCUUGUUUUCGUAGCAUAUGCUUGAAUUCUGUAUGUCGACCUUAUAAACGAAAAUAG